AUGCUUUUACUGGAGAAUCCAAAAUCAGGUUCUCUUAUGUAUCCCUACUCGUCUGCUGCGCCCUCAAAUCCCCCUGUGGUAGUCACACCCGAUCCUGACGCCACGAGUGCCAUGCUCUUGCCAGGACAGCCUCAGUCUCCAACUCCGAUGCUGUAUUCGCCACCAUCUUAUGCCCCUGGGCCUCCUCAACAGAAACCCGCCUAUCUCAAUAACAGUAACAGCGGCACUGGCACUGCUGGCACUGUCACAAACAACAGCACCAAUCCCAGCACUAAUAACAAUGGUGCUCUUUCGGAUAUAAUGUCCCACUCUUUGAUGCAGUCCCCGAGCGCUCAACAGGCUAAUAGCAAUGCUGGAAGCUUCUAUUGCUGGCCACCCCCUUCCAAUACGGGUGCACCUACCUCCACUGUGGCCGCCGCAAGACUGCCCCAUCUAGCUCAAAGACGAGGUGGUGGGGGUGGCGCAGCCUACAGGAUCUCCUCCCAGAACCCCCCUCCCGACUUCUCUCACGCUCAGUACUAUUUCCGACAGCAGCAACAGCAGCAACUGGCUCCGCAUAAGGCAUCUAGUGAGACUGGUGGUUACAGCUGUGUUUCUAGUAAGCUCAUGGGAGGUGGAGCUGCCCCUACUACCGCCAGUAGCAGUAGCAGCAAUAACAAUUGGAAGGAACGACCACAUGUGGGAAAGUAUAGCCUGAUUCGCACCAUUGGUAAAGGCAAUUUCGCCAAGGUCAAGCUGGCCCAACAUGUGACAACGGGAAUGGAGGUAAGUAUCCCUUAUUCUCGUACGGGUAGACUAAUAAGUCUCCGAAGUUAUUAUUUGUUAGAGAAGAAUGAGAAUGAGAAUGAGGCAGAAAGUUGGCAAGCACGUGUAAUGGCGUAUCUACGCGCCUUUACGCGGCAGUUUCGAUGCGUACUCGUUCCUUACUUCGUUUUUGCCUUUUAUGUCCAUCGGCCAUCCGUUGCGGAAUGA